GGAGAGUCAGGGUGGAGAAGAUGGGCGAGGCUGGCGAAAUAGAAGCAUUUCUCGCGCAGCUUCACGGGCGACGCAGGAGGUGCGCGUUAUGUUUCGGGGUAAGGGACGACGAGAGGCAUACGUUUGCUAGAUGCCCGAGGAGGGCAGAGACGGAGUGGAUACGGGUACAGCAAGGUAUGAGGACUGCCGAGCGGGAGAUAUUCGGUAGGAGGCGUCUCGAGCUGUUCUCCGGCUGCUUCUACUGCGGGCUACCGCAGG